ACUUGUGUUCUCUUGUCAAUUACUGUUCCAAUGGCAACCAAGACGGGGGAGAAUCUUGCGGAGGAAAACCCUGGCAAAACCGUAGACCCGACUGUUCCUCUCGCCGCUAAAGCAAUCGCUGAUUCUUCCAAAGAAUUAGAAACCCAUACGUCCUCUACUCAACAUUCAGCUCUUCAAGAACCGGUUUCUAAAGCUACUUCCAGCACUGGCAGCUCUACGAAUGGAGGUUUCGAAUCCAAGGGGAUAGUUUCUACAGCGGCUUCAGAAGUAGGGAAUGUUGCCCCACUUUCCGAUGUUGAAAAGAAGAUGCGCCGAGCAGAGCGAUUCGGAAUUUCUGUCCAGUUGUCUGAGCAAGAGAAGCGCAACUCUCGAGCCGAAAAGUUCGGCACUAGGUCUGCAUUACAAGCAUUAUCAACAUCAAAAUCAGAGGACCUAAAGAGAAGUGCUAGAACAGAGAGAUCUGGGAUUACUCGUGCAUCUACUGCUGCUGAUGACGAGGCAAAGAAGAAAGCUCGGCUUGCUAAGUUUGCACCAGUUUCCAAAAUUGACCCAUUGGAGGAAGAGAAAAGGAAGGCAAGAGCAAUCAGGUUUUCAAAUGCUCCAUCAAGUUCUCUAUCUCAUGCCAACGUAAAAGGAGAUAUUGAGCCAGUAAGGAAGGUAGCUAUUGCAGGUAAAACUGCCGGACAAACCUGAAUGGCUGCUUGCUUCCUUAUUAGUAGGAAAUUUUAUUACCUUUUUGCAGCUGUAAUUAGUAACAGUUCCAGAUUCCUUGAGUGGCCUUCAUCCUGUAUCUACCUUUUCACACAGCAAUCCCCAGGUGCAGCAAUCUUCCAUCUGUAGACCAAAUUCUACCAACACAUGGUCAACAUCAAAGCGGUCUGAAGAAGCAUACUUUUAUGUGGCCUUAGUUUCAGCUUAAUUGGUGACACCUCAGUGGAAUUAGCAAUUGUCAUCUCAAUGUUUGCUUAUCUUCAUGUUUGAUACGAUCAGAAAUCUGGAAUCUAGAGUCGAUGAUUUUUUUUUUUUUCUUUUUUGGAAAAAAGCUUAAUAUCUGCUUCUCCCUUUUUGAUUGUUAUGGUAUAGGAUAAACCCAUUUCAGAGGGGGAGUUUUGGAAUCUUGAUUAUUUUUCAACUUGUUCAUUACAACCUGUUGGUCCUGGCCAAUCUCUCGUGUCUUGUUUUCAAAUGUCCACUAUCACGAUGACAAAGGGUUUUGUUUAUCCAUGCUGCUUUA